GGACACUAGGGCUGCAGCCCCCAGGAGAAGGGGUAGAGAAGGGGCAGCCAGCGCGGGUGGCAGGAUGGCGGAGGGCAGCGCCGUGUCGGACCCUCAGCACGCCGCCCGGCUUCUUCGCGCUCUGAGCUCGUUUCGGGAGGAGGCCCGCUUCUGCGACGCGCACCUGGUCCUGGAGGGCGAGGAGAUCCCGGUGCAGAAGAACAUCCUGGCGGCCGCCUCGCCCUACAUCCGAACAAAAUUAAACUAUAAUCCUCCAAAAGAUGAUGGAUCAACUUAUAAAAUUGAACUUGAAGGAAUAUCAGUAAUGGUUAUGAGAGAGAUCCUGGAUUACAUCUUCAGUGGACAGAUCAGGCUAAACGAAGAUACAAUCCAAGAUGUUGUUCAAGCAGCAGACUUGUUGCUGUUGACAGAUCUGAAAGCUCUCUGCUGCGAAUUUUUGGAAGGUUGUAUUGCUGCUGAGAACUGCAUUGGCAUUCGAGACUUUGCUCUGCAUUAUUGUUUGCAUCAUGUACAUUAUCUUGCUACGGAAUACCUGGAGACUCAUUUCCGAGAUGUCAGCAACACUGAAGAAUUCUUAGAACUAAAUCCUCAAAAGCUAAAAGAAGUGAUUUCUCUUGAGAAGUUAAAUGUUGGUAAUGAAAGAUAUGUAUUUGAAGCAGUUAUUCGAUGGAUAUCACAUGAUUCAGAAAUAAGAAAGGUCCACAUGAAGGAUGUUAUGUCAGCUCUAUGGGUUUCAGGGUUAGACUCCAGUUAUUUACGGGAACAGAUGUUGAGUGAACCAUUAGUACGGGAGAUCGUCAAAGAAUGUAGCAAUAUACCACUCAGCCAACCACAACAAGGAGAAGCAAUGCUAGCGUCUUUCAAACCCAGGGGUUAUUCUGAAUGCAUAGUAACUGUUGGUGGUGAAGAAAGAGUCUCAAGGAAACCAACAGCAGUAAUGCGUUGUAUGUGCCCUCUUUAUGACCCUAAUAGACAACUCUGGAUUGAACUGGCUCCGUUAAGUGUUCCAAGACUUAACCAUGGAGUACUCUCAGCAGAAGGAUUUUUGUUUGUAUUUGGGGGCCAAGAUGAAAAUAAGAAGAUCCUGAGCUCAGGUGAAAAAUAUGAUCCAGAUUCUAAUUCAUGGAGUGCUUUACCACCAAUGAAUGAGGCGAGACAAAAUUUUGGAAUUGUGGAGAUAGAUGGAAUGCUUUAUGUUUUGGGUGGUGAUGAUGGUGACAAAGAGCUGAUUUCCAUGGAAUGCUAUGAUAUAUAUUCUAAAACCUGGACAAAACAGCCUGAUUUGACCAUGGUUAGAAAGAUUGGCUGCUAUGCAGCUAUGAAAAAGAAAAUCUAUGCAAUGGGUGGAGGAUCAUAUGGAAAACUUUUUGAAUCUGUGGAGUGUUAUGAUCCUAGGACCCAGCAGUGGACUGCUAUUUGUCCAUUAAAAGAAAGCAGAUUUGGGGCCGUAGCUUGUGGAGUUGCCUUGGAACUCUAUGUAUUUGGGGGAGUCAGAACUCGUGAUGAAGGUCAAAACAAUGAGAUGGUGACAUGCAAGUCAGAAUUCUACCAUGAUGAAUUCAAAAGAUGGAUUUAUCUUACUGACCAAAAUUUAUGCAUCCCAGCAAGUUCUUCCUUUGUUUAUGGAGCUGUUCCUAUCGGGGCCAGUAUCUAUGUGAUUGGAGAUCUUGAUACAGGUACCAACUAUGACUAUGUUCGUGAGUUUAAAAGAAGCACAGGCACUUGGCACCACACAAAACCACUCUUUCCAUCAGAUCUUCGCCGUACUGGCUGUGCUGCCUUGAGAAUUGCAAAUUGCAAGCUUUUCCGACUGCAGCUUCAGCAAGGGCUGUUCCGAAUCCGUGUUCCUUCCCCUUGAAGGCUCUCUUGGAAAUGGGAUAGAAGCAAGAACCUGACACAGUGCACCAGAACCUAGCUUUAGAUAAGGCAGAACAGAGAGAACAACUAAAACUUAACUCUCUACGCUGUGAUUUGGUAUGGUAACUCUUGGGGGUUUGUAAUGCUUAAAAGCUGGAGCUUUAGCUCUUGUUGGGGGAGAAAGUAACUAUUCCAAAACAACCUUAGGUGAAUGAAUGAACUUUUAUAGUCAGAAGUUUGUGUACUGAUGGAGAAUCAUCAGUACCAGGAAACAGAAGGGAAAUGGGGAUUAAUAGAAUGUUAAAACUAAAACACUAAGGUGCAUUUUCCCCAAAGGGAACUCCUUUUUACUAAGUCUGCUAUAUUAAAGUAGGUGGCUUUGGUAUACAGAAAAUCUGUAUGUAAACCAAUGUCUCUAAGCAUACAAUGAAUGCUUUUCUAUAGCAAUCAUGCCCAGCUCUGCCCUACAACUUAAGGUCUUUGCUUA